GGUGACGGUCCAUAUCUAGCUAACAAUUAAAUAUUUAUACUGGACUUCCUUUGCUUUGUUUGUAUAACUUAAUGUGCUAAUUUGACAAUGUUAUUGCGGGGAGGACCGCGUAACAGAGCCUACCGAUACUGUACAUCUCAAUAAAGUUUAUUUUUACAAACACCCCCAAAAAAGUGUCAUGGCGACGCCCAGAGCAGACGACUGGAGUUGGUUUCCUGCAUUAGCACUCGGCGUUUCUUUCCUGAAAUGUAUUUUGAUAAACGCAUAUCAUUCCACAGACUUUGAGGUUCACAGGAACUGGCUCGCCAUCACUCACAGCCUUCCUGUGUCAAAAUGGUACCAUGAGAACACCUCAGAGUGGACCCUGGACUACCCUCCUUUGUUUGCCUGGUUUGAGUAUAGCCUGUCCCACGUGGCUCAGCAUUUUGACAAGGAGAUGCUGGUGGUGCAGAAUCUCAUCUACACCAGUCCUGCUACCAUCCUUUUCCAGAGGCUCUCUGUUAUCGUGACGGACAUAGUCUUCAUUUACGCUGUCAAAGAAUGCUGUAGAAGUGUGAGAGAAGAGAAGGGUUCCAAGGACCUCCUGGGGCAUCCAUUUUUCAUCCUGGCAGCUCUGCUUUUGUGGAACUUUGGCCUCCUCAUCGUUGACCACAUUCAUUUCCAGUACAAUGGAUUCCUGUUUGGAAUACUACUGCUAUCAGUGGCAAGACAUUUACAGGGCAGACACCUGGAGGGGGCGUUGCUCUUCACUGUUCUCCUGAACCUGAAACACAUCUACCUGUACAUUGCUCCUGCCUACGGGAUCUUCCUGCUGCGGAGUUACUGCUUCACCAAGGACAACACAGAUGGCUCUGUGAGAUGGAGCAGUUUCAGUCCUGUUCGUCUGGUAGCUCUGGGAUCUAUCGUGAUCUCUGUCGGCGCCCUGUCCUUUGGUCCGUUCAUUGCUAUGGGCCAACUCCCCCAGGUCCUUUCCAGACUCUUCCCCUUUAAGAGGGGCCUGUGCCACGCCUACUGGGCCCCUAACGUCUGGGCCCUCUACAACAUGGUGGAUAAAGCUCUGUCUGUGCUGGGUGUGCGUCUGAAGCUGUUGGAUGUGGCAAAGCUUCCCACAGCCUCAAUGACUGGUGGAUUGGUGCAGGAGUUCCAGCACUCCAUCCUCCCCUCCGUCUCUCCCUCCAUCACACUCAUCUGCACUCUGCUCUCCAUAAUGCCUGCAGUGUUGAGUAUCUGGUGUCGUCCGCGUGGUGCGGGGUUCCUGCGCUGCCUGGUGGUCUGUGCCCUGGGCUCCUUCAUGUUCGGCUGGCAUGUCCACGAGAAGGCCAUCCUCAUGGCCAUACUGCCCUUCAGCAUACUUGCAGUUGAGAGCAGAGAGGAUGCUGGGAUCUUCCUGAUGCUGACCACCACGGGGCAUUACUCUCUGUUUCCACUUCUCUUCACUGCAGCAGAGCUGCCCAUCAAAGUCCUGCUGAUGCUGCUGUUCACGCUCUACAGCUUCACCUCCUUAAAGAAACUGUUCAGGGGUUCCCUCCUUAACCCUCUGGAAACCACCUACCUCCUGGGCCUGGUUGCCGUAGAGAUCCUCUGUGAGGUUGUUUACCCUCUGUCGCCGUGGCAGCAUACCCUGCCCUUCGUGCCCCUGCUGGUGACAUCAGUGUACUGCUCUCUGGGAGUCUCUUACUCCUUCAUACGCCUCUACGUCUCUCUAUUGAGGCAGCACGGGACAGACAAACACAAACAACUAUGAGACAGAGAGAGACACUAGUGAGUAGUGACCAAUUCACAAUCAACCCCUUUGGUGUAUCCCAAAUAGUAUACUAUUCCCUGUGUAGUGCAUUACUUUUGACCAGGGCCAUAUAGAAUGUCAUUUGUGAUGCACUCUUUGUCUUACAUUGGUGUGUAAAGAAAAAAGGUGGUGUUUCAAACUUUCUGCGAUGCUGUUACUUGUCCAUCCAGAGCAGAUCUUCAAGUGUGCAUCUAUAAGUGUAGAUUUGGGAUGGGAAACACCAAGGAAAAGUCACUUAUAAAUGCACACUCGAAGAUCGGCUCUUGAAGGAUGUAUCAUAGCAUGAAUAAUAUGUCUGUCUGAAUGUGUGAAAAAAAGAACUUGUACCAAAUGUAUCUCAAAUGACAAUGGAAAAGUGGGGAAAUAGUAUGGAAUGGGAUGAAGUUCAUGCUGUAUUUCUUAUGUUUACAAAUAAAAAGAUAAUAAACAGA